UCGAAAGUAACUUGAAAACAUGUAUAAUUACGUAUAUACGCUCCCAUACUGCUCCUACUUAUAUCACGUGAUAUGAACACAUACGACACAUACGUCGUAUCGAGCAGGAGGUCCCGUGUAUUUUAAAAUAGGAUAUUGUAUGUAAAUUUCGAUAAAAAGAUUAAGGCUCACUCAUUUUAUUUAUUGCCAUACGCUUUCGGUAGUCAUUCCACCACGAUGGUACUCAGUAAAUUAUCUACGCGGCUACUGCACGCUUGCUCGUCUCCGGUUUUCAAAUUGGUAAACAGAUCAGUGCUACGCGAGCAUGUCAGGUGGAUACAGUUCACGUAUUAUACCGACAAGAACAACAGUGUUCCCGGUGAAACCGAGAAGAUGAACAUGUUUCAAGCAAUAAAUAAUGCAUUACGAAUUGCAUUGUCCAAAAAUCCCGAUGCAGUGAUAUUUGGCGAAGACGUUGCAUUUGGAGGAGUAUUUCGUUGUACGAUGGAUUUGCAAAACGAAUUUGGACGAAAUCGAGUAUUUAACACGCCACUUUGCGAACAAGGAAUCGCUGGAUUUGGAAUUGGUUUAGCUACUGCUGGUAUGACAGCCAUUGCAGAAAUUCAGUUCGCCGAUUACAUAUUUCCCGCCUUCGACCAGCUGGUAAAUGAAGCAGCUAAAGUGAGAUAUCGAAGCGGAGGUGAAUUCAAUUGUGGAAAAUUGACAGUUCGAACACCCUGUGGUGCUGUCGGUCAUGGUGGACUUUACCAUUCGCAAAGUCCAGAAGCUUAUUUCUCUCAUACCCCAGGAUUGAAGAUCGUUAUGCCCCGCGGAGCGAAACAGGCGAAAGGUCUUUUGUUGAGCUGCAUAGAGGAACCGGAUCCCUGCAUCAUGUUCGAGCCGAAAAUACUCUACCGCACGGCGAUCGACGACGUGCCGACAGCGCACUACAAGAUAGAGAUCGGCAAGGCUGAGGUUGUGAGAGAAGGUGACGCGGUGACACUCGUGGGCUGGGGCACUCAGGUGCACGUACUGCUGGAGGUGGCCGAUCUCGUCCAGGAGGAGCUCGGGGCGUCCUGCGAGGUGAUAGACCUCGUUUCUAUCCUGCCUUGGGACACGGAACUCGUUUGCAAGUCAGCGAAGAAGACCGGCCGCGUGGUAAUCGCCCAUGAAGCGCCGCUAACGAGUGGCUUCGGAGCAGAAAUAGUUUCGAUCGUUCAGGAGGAGUGUUUCCUGUACCUGGAAGCACCGAUACAGAGGGUCACAGGCUGGGACUGUCCUUUCCCGCACGUCUUCGAGGCAUUUUAUCUACCGGACAAGUGGAGGUGCUUCGCGGCUGUCAGAAACAUUCUGAACUACUAAAGAGUCAGGGAUAUUCUACUUAAGAACUCGUCGCAGUAGAAUACACCAGAAACCUGUUGCCCGUGCGGACAUUGCCCCGUGAGAACAGCACGUCCAAUAUCGAUUUUUGGUCUUCUCGGCGAGAACCUGCUUAGAGAUCAGUCUGAAGAAUUUUUCUUCAUAAUCCUUCGCAAGACAGCUCGAUCGAUUAUCAAUGAUGUGAAACUCGAGUGAAAACACAGGCAAUCUCGAGAUCAGCUUACGUUGUUUACCAUGUCAUGCACUUUUCGAACAACAAAUAACGCUCGCUCGCGUUGCGUUAGAGGAUAAAAGACCAUUUUAAAAACACACUAUUUCACCCUUAAAUAAAAAUAUCGCAAAUAAAAG